AUGGUGCUCCGCAUGCUCGUCGUCGCGACGUGCGCGCACGCGUGGCUGCUGGAGAACAGCACGUUCUGGCGGAGCCCACAAAGCGAGGAGCCCAUGUGGAAGCGCAUGCUCCGGACGACGUCGCCGCGGCGCCGCGGCGUGAUCCUCUGGGCCCACGGGCGGUCCGCCACGGACACGUACUGCGGCACGCUCAAGGACAGCGCCCACUUCCGGUACUGCAACGGCAUCAAGGAGGGCUUCAACACGAACCACCGCGAGGGCCGGGUGCUGACGAAGGCGCACCUCAAGCGCUGCGCGGAGCGGAACGAGAUGCUCUCGCACGUCAAGCCGAGCCACCUCUCGCCGGAGGAUAAGCGGGACCACCUCAACACGCCGGAGAAGUUCAUGCGCGCGGCGCGGGAGUUCGGCUACGAGGUCAUCGUCGCCGAGUACCGCGCGAACGCGCUCGCGCGCAUGGUCUCGUCGUGGGAGAUGAAGCCGCGGUCCGCGGCGGACACCAAGGCCCAGUUCUGCCUGCCCCGCGGCGACCUCGUCCGAGGGAUGGACGAGGAGUACUUCCUCUGGCAGCGCGGCCUCCGCGCGGCGAUCCACGAGCGGCUGAAGGUCAUCGAGCUCAGCUUCGAGAACGUGACGCGCGGCCUCUGCGCGGCCGUGAAGCGCACGACGCUGGCGCUGGAGAGCUCCGAGUGCGGCGGCUCCAAGUGCGCCUGCCGGGAGUUCGAAUCGCCGCACACGAAGACAUCCAACCGCGCCGCGUCGCUCGCGGGGCGCACGUCCAAGGAGGCCGCGGCCUGCAUCACGGCCGCGCUCGAGGACAAGCCCGACUACGCGUGGAUGCUCGACCUGUCGCGAGCAGAGAAGUAA